CAUAAGAAAAUUUAGGUUAACGUCAAAUAUUCAUGUUUUUCAAAUCUCUGUUUUCUUUUUCAUAAAUAUUUAUCAUAAUAUCUCAAAAAUUGAGAUAUAACAACUCUUCAAACUUAUGUUUCCGUAUUGUCUAACACUUACCUACAGGAAUGUAACAUUGCCCCUUCUAAGAAAUAUUUACAAGACCUCCAGUUUUGAUAAUAAUAAAUCGAAUUUCAUCAUGCCAAAAAAUCCAAAACAUUUGAAGGAAAUUCAAAAACAACGAUUGAAGAGUAAGGAAAAAUCAACCAAAUAUGUUCCUGGUAAAGUAACAUUACAAGUGCUAGGCACAGGUGCUAAAGGGGCACCUAGGAGUCUUUAUAUUUUCUCAGACCAGACAAGGUAUCUAUUUAAUUGUGGUGAAGGCACGCAGAGAUUAGCACAUGAGUUAAAACUGAAACUAUCUAAAUUAGAACACAUUUUUGUAACUCGUCCAGUAUGGAAGAAUAUCGGUGGAUUACCCGGAAUUACCUUGACUAUGCAGGAUGUUGGUGUACCAAAUGUCAGUAUUCAUGGACCACCCGGAAUGCUAGAAAUGUUUGAUGCUGCUAAGAAAUUUGUUGUGUUGAAAAACUUGAAAAUUUCAGUGAAUGAAUCUAAAUCCAUGGAUACAUUCGAAGAUAAUGUACUGAAAAUAAAAUACCUAGAAGUGCACAGAGAUCCUGAAGUAUCGACAAAUGUAAAUAUUAGAAAUGGACAGAUAAUUGAGGAUAAAGAAAUAUCGGCAAUUGAUGAAAGUUUUAAUGAAAUCGACGAUGGUAGCAUUUGUAGACGAGAAAGAAGAUCAAGAAGUAUUAGUACUUCUUUGGAAGAUGAGAAUAGUAACUCUUCAUCAGGUAAAUCGAAAAGAAGGAGAAGACGUAGAAGAAGUAGAAAAAAUAAAUCCCGUUCCUUUAGCUUAGAUAGCAGUAUGAGCUCUACAUCUGACAAGUAUAAGAAUUUAGGUGACGAAACUAGAGAAAAAGGCAGCGUUAUGUGUUAUAUUUGCCGGUUACAAGAAAAACCGGGGGCCUUAUCUUUGGAAAAAUGUGUACAGCUCGGAGUACCUCCUGGGCCGCUUUUGGGAAAGUUGAAGGCGGGGGAAGAGGUGGUCCUUGAAAAUGGAAGAGUAAUCAAACCGGAAGAGGUUUGUGAACCCAACGAUCUUGGACCUAUAUUUAUCGUUGUCGACUGUCCAUCAAAAGAAUAUAUCACGUCUCUAGUCAAUAAUGAAGAGAUGAAAAAUUACCAAAAGUUCGCUAAAAAUGAUGACGAAGUGGCUUUUCUGGUGGUUCAUUUCACUCCCAAAGAAAUUAUGGAAGAUCCAAGAUACGAAGCCUGGAUGAAUAUGUUCCUUCCAAGCACGAAACAUUUGAUAAUCAAUGAAACAAACACUUGUAUGGGUAGUGCAUCUGUACAUAGAAUACAACACAAACUGAAUAUGGUCCACAAAGAUAUAUUUCCCUUACUAGGAGAUGAUGGAACAGAAUCAGACGAGCUUGAAAUGGAAUCAAAUGUAAAAAAUGGUGUAAAUAAAAUUUAUAAUAGGAUUCAAGCCAAUACUCUUACCGCAAUACAUUUACGACCCAGAAGAGGAUUAGACAAAUCGGAGGAAUUGAAACUCAAACCCAAAGAAUACAGAGAAGAAACCCUAGCUUUAGAUGGUGUCCCAGCUGCUCUACAAGAUUUGAACGUCAGAAUACAAUCUUGUCGAGACGAUAUAGUUCCUAAAGAAUAUCCUAGAGUAUUGUUUUUAGGUACCGGUUCUUGUAUACCUAACAAAACUAGAAAUACAAGUGGAAUUCUUUUGGAAUCGGGGAAAGAUCAAAAUAUACUGAUGGAUUGCGGUGAAGGCACAUAUGGACAAUUGGUGAGAUUUUACGGAAGAUCGAAAUGUGACGAGGUGCUUGCCAAUAUUGAUGCAAUUUAUGUGUCUCACAUACAUGCCGAUCAUCACAUCGGGAUUAUAGGGGUGCUCCAAGGUCGAAAAGCAGCUUUAAGAAAUUUAAACAGAGAGCAUAAGCCGUUGAAAUUAUUGGCUCCCGUACAGUUAUAUCCUUGGCUGUCAUUUUAUGACAGGUAUUUUGAAGAAAUCAAGACAGAAUUCGAAUUCAUAUCCAAUUCUCAAUUGUUGCAAACAGGAUAUGAAUUGAAUAGAGAUACUUACGAUGAACUGAUUGAAACUCUGAAUUUAGAAAAUAUAAAGACGUGCAUGGUAAAACACUGUCCUAAUGCUUUUGGUGUAGCAUUCACAUUGGCAGAUGGCUUCAAGCUGACAUAUUCUGGUGAUACUAUGCCUUGUGAAGAGCUCGUACUAUUAGGUUUAGGAAGUGAUUUGCUAAUUCAUGAAGCCACAAUGGAAGAUGAUCUAGAACAUGAGGCUAAAAUAAAGCAGCAUUCUACAACAACACAAGCGAUAAUGGUAGGAAAAAGAAUGGAAGCUAAAAAUAUCCUUCUCACACAUUUUAGUCAACGUUAUGCUAAAUUACCAAUUUUCAAUGAAAACUUUGCAGAGAAUGUUGGAAUCGCAUUUGAUAAUAUGCAGGUGAAAAUGGAUGACCUUCGAUUAUUGCCAUAUUUUAACCCAGUUUUGAAAACAAUGUUCCUUGAGCAUUACGAUGAGAUGGAACUUAAAGCAGUGAAGCGACAAUUGAGACUAGAUAAAAUGAAUGAAAUGUUGAACGACAAACGGAAGAUAAGAAAGAUACAAUAAAAAUAUUUAUUUCAAA